AUGUGCACAUAUCGCAUUCAUUACAGACCGCUUCAUAAUCAGCAAUCGUUCCAAAUGGACUCAAAUAAUCUCUCCGACAAUGAACUUCGUCAGCAACUAACUGCUUUGGGGCAGUCUGUUGGACCACUGACACCAUUAACAAGAACUUUGUAUAAGAAAAAGCUGAAGAAUUUGUUGCGUAUGCAAGGUGAUGCGCCUAUAAACUCACCAACGCAACCUGCGGGAAGGAAUCCGAGGAGUUCUGUUGAAGGAGGCACAGAGGACGUUCCGCACAAUGCGCAGUUAUUUGGUGUGAGACCUAUUUAUUUAGUAUUAGCUGGCACUCCAGCUCCGCCCGGCCCUGUCAAUACGUAUACUACAAAUCUUUAG